AUUAGCGGUGUCUACUGCUCAGCCUCGUUACUCGUGCAUUGACAGCCAGAGGAGUUGGAAAUAACUUCAAUUAUUUAAUUUUUCGUAGCAGUUUGUAAUAAGUCAAUAUGGGAAAAAAAGACAAGAAGAAGAAGGGCAGUGGUAUCGAAAAAACAUUAAAAAAAACUGAAAAAAAAUUGAGUGCCAAACAAAAAAAGGAACUAGCUGCUCUCGGAGAGGAAGACAUAGAAAAAGUCAUUGCUCAAAUAGAAAGAGAGGAGGCAGCCAGACAAAAAGUUAUAGAGACUGUUGUAGCACCUCCUUCUCGCAGAGUUAACUUUUCCCUGACCCCUCAUCCCUUUAAAAAUGAACUUAUUAUGUUUGGUGGCGAAUUCUUUGAUGGACAAAAGACUGUUGUGUAUGGUGAUUUAUUUUUUUAUGAUUUGGAUAAGAAAAAGUGGACAGUAGUCAAAGCCCCUGGAGCUCCUCCACCACGUUGUGGCCAUCAAGCCAUAGCUACUCAGGCCAACAAAGGUGAACUUUGGAUUUUUGGAGGUGAAUUUUCCAGUCCAUCAGAGUCCCAAUUUCAUCAUUAUAGAGAUCUUUGGGUUUUUCAUUUAGGAGAUAAAAAGUGGAGCAAAGUAUCAAGUAGCGGUGGUCCAUCAGCAAGAAGUGGACAUAGAAUGGUUAAUAUAAAGAAAAAUCUAUUUGUUUUUGGAGGUUUCCAUGAUAAUCUUCGAGACUAUAAGUAUUUCAAUGAUAUCUAUUGUUUCAAUAUGGCAACAUACGCUUGGAGUAAACUAGAAACUUCUGGAAACCCACCUGCUCCCAGAUCUGGUUGUAUUUUGUUACCUACUCCUGAAAAUAAAAUUAUUGUUUAUGGAGGAUACAGUAAAAAUAGAGUUAAGAUGGAUGUUGAUAAGGGGCAUGUUCACACAGAUAUGUUUUUGUUGAGUCCAGAAAAAAAUGAUCAAACUGGGUUAAAGUGGAAGUGGACACUUGUGAAGCAGAGUGGAGUUCAUGUAUCUCCUAGAUGUAGUGCAUCAGCUACUUUGAUACAACCAGGCACAGCUUACAUGUUUGGAGGUGUUUAUGAUGAAGAAGAAAACGAUGAGGAAUUAAAUGGAAACUUUUACAAUGAUCUAUUUUGCUUGAACUUGAGUAAAUCACAAUGGCAUACAGUUCAUCUGACUGGAAAGACUGAUCAAAAUAAUAAAAAAAAGAGACGAAAAGCCAAAGGUGAUGAGGAAGAAGAUAACUCAGAUGAAGAAGUUGAAGAAAUAGCAGAUGAACCAAUGGAAGUAGUUUCAGAACAAACUGAAGUCACUGAUGAUGAUGGAAUUUUCACGCUAUCAUUUGGCCCAGCACCAACAACAAGUAAAACUUCUACAACCAAUGAUGGAACUGUUUCAUGUGCAUUCACACCAUCUCCUAGGAUAAACCCUGGAUUGGCUGUUAAAAAUAAUGUUUUGUACAUGUAUGGAGGUCUCUUUGAAGACGGCGAUAAAACAUACACUUUAAAUGAUUUUUAUAGCUUAGAUUGUAAAAAACUUGAUGAAUGGAUCACUAUAGUGAAAGAUGAUUUAUCCUCUCAAGUUUGGGUUGACGAUGAAUCUAGUGAUUCAGAAUCUGAAGACGACAGCGAGGAUGAUGAAGAUGAUGAGUCUGAUGAGGACGAUUAACGUAGUUAAUUAUUCAUUUGACAAUGAAUGAUACAAAAUUAUUUUG